AUGUGUACAGAAUGCCUUUAUGAACCUGAAGUCGAUGUCAAACAAACAUUUCCAAUAGAUAAACUUCGAAAAAUGCAUAUCAAAAAACAAAAAUAAUCUAAGCUAUAAGAAAUAUUUAAGUUGGCCAACUAGGGAAUGAAAUUUAAAUCCAUGAUCUCCUUGGUUGAGAAUGUGAUGAGUAAAUUUGCUAAAAUUUAAAAAAUUUAAUAAACUAAAUUUAUGAUAUGA